GCCGCUUGACUUGUUGUGUAACAACAUCCAGGCACAUCCCAUGGAAACACCGGGUUGUAGUGAAUUUGUUCUUAAUUCUCAGAGAUGUUGCUUCAAACUAAGAAGAGUUUCACUAGAGUCUGUGUUGGACUGUUUUUCUUGCUAGGUGGUAUCGAAUAUGCUGUGAUUCUUCCAACUCUUUGGUUGUACCUGGAGCACAGAUUUAAAGCAGAGGAAUGGUUUUUUGGGGUAGUAUUUGCAGCCUUCUGUUUCUCAAAUCUGUUAUUCAGUCCUUUUUUCGGUUUCUGGGUUGAUUAUACACGCAAAACCAAAUCUGCAAUUCUGUUUGCAAAUUUGUUUGAGAUUGGAGGCAAUUUCUUAUAUUUUGUUGCUUGGUCCAAGUACUGGGUUCUUGGUGCACGACUUAUUUCAGGUAUUGGUGUGGCAGUAGGUGCUGGAAUUUUUGCUCAGAUUGCAAGAACAACAACAGAACAAGAGCGAACUGGGAUGUUUUCCAUUGCAAUGGCCUUGCGACAGUUUGGUUUGUUAAUAGGACCUGGUUUCAAUCUGUUUUUGAGGAAGUUAAAUUUCAAAAUAGGACCAUUUGAGGUGGAUUCAUUUACUGCACCCGGAAUCUUCAUGGCUGUUUUGUGGCUGUCACUAGAAUUGAUAAUGGUAUUCUUCUAUUAUGACCUACCAACAGUCAAAAAUGAUAUUGAUGAUCAAUCAACUGAUGAUGAGCAACAUGGAUAUGAGUACAGUGGUGAGAAUAACAGUAUCCCGAGAAACUCAGUUAACAAUUCAGUAAAUGUGCAAGCAACAGAAAACAAGGACAAGUACCUUGUUACCAGUGACGUGAUAAGGGAUUUGACAAGCAGACACAGUUCAGUUUUGGAUGGCGAAAAGCAAAAGCUAAUAACAACUGCAGCUUCUCAGAAACGUGUAAGAACUGGAUCAGUAAUGGAUAAGUGGAACUUGGCUAAAGAUCUUGUCCGGGAAGAAGUAAUUGUUAUCCUGGCAUCACAAUUUAUGAUGUUCUUUAAUGAAACAGCCCUAGAGGCUAUAGUCACUCCUUUAUCUGAGUAUCUCAUGGGAUGGAAAGAAAUGGAAAACAGCAUUGCUUAUUGUCUGAUAGCUUUAGAGGCCCUUCUUGUAUUUGCCCUUGUGAAAAAGAUAAGUCAAAAGCUUGCAGACAGGUGGCUGAUGGUAAUUGGUAUUGCCUUUGAGGGAUUUGCCCUAAUUUGGUAUCUCUUCCUUUUGGCCAAUGCAAAACCAUAUGAUUCUAUCGUUCUUCCAACCAUAAUUGUUGGCACAUUAGUUAUUGUGUUUGGUUUGCCGUUUUUCUCAGUAGCAAAUGUUUCCCUUUACUCUAAAAUCACUGACGAGAAAACCCAAGGUAUAGCUCAAGGUGUUCAGAGGUCAGUGACAGGAGUAGCCAUGAUCUUGGGUCCAUUAUGGGGAGGGGCCCUCAUGACGAGGCUCUAUAUUAUGUUGGGAGUUAUGGCAGGCCUUGAGGUUAUCUUAGCAAUUUUGAUGUACUUAUCUUUUGAUCGCCUUAAAGCACCAUCGAAGCCAGUGCCGCCAUCCCAAUACGAACAGAUAGGCUCACAAAGUGAACGACAGCCAUUGUUGGCGUAAAAAGCAUGGAUACGUAGAGGAACAGAGCGGCGAGACGGGCGCUUUCCAAAAGAUGAUAAGAUUAGAACCGAAACUUAUAUACUUUGAUUCCGCUUUGAUGAAUGGUCAGUACCCUCCCGAAGCCUAUUUCCAUUGUGUACCAGGCCUCCCGCACCCCACCUCUUCAUGUUUGACGAAAGUUGACAUAAAACGACAAGCCUCCAUCUAUCCCCAAGGACACAAACUUAGUUUGGAUAAACGGUGUGAAAUUAGGAGAUCUGUAACACGUAUUUUGAUUACUUAGGAAUCGGUACAGCUGCGGACAUGUUUUCAAAGUACACUAUUUUUUUUUUUAUAUAUAUAUAUAUAAGAACGUCUAAUUUUGGUGCUAAGGCUGAAAGUUUUUAUUUUUUUUUUCGCGAUUUGAGCCCGAAAACGUUCUCAACAUGUUCUUGAAGUUGUGUGGUAAUUCAUCAAUUCUGACAUGACCAGACUAAGUUCAACUACAAA